GGGGCGCUCGACCAGCGGGGCUUCCCCUUCGCGGCUCUCAAGCGCGCAGCGCACAGCGCACCGCUUCGUGGGGCAGAAGGCAGAAGCGAGAGACGCCGGCUCCCGGGGAAGCAUGCGUCCGGAGGAUGGCUGACGCUGGCCCAGACGGCGCUGCAGCCGCUCCCCCGGGCUGGCUUUCCCGAAGCGAGAGCAGAGGAAUGAACGCGGUGUGGGGGGCAUUGGCCUGCAUGUUCCUGGUGGCGACUGUCAGCGGUCUUCCAGCAGCCACGUUGCCUAUCUCAGACGCUGAAGACAGGUUCCCAAGAGAGCCGGCAGAUUAUUUAAGGAGUAAAACGGCUCUCCUCGAAGAAUUGGUGCUUGGAAGUGGCGACACCCUCAAACUCCUGUGCAUUACACCGGGCUCUUCUGUGUCUGUCUUCUGGUAUAAAGAUGGCACUGGGAUUUCACCUACUAAUCGAACUCAAAUUGGCCAAAAAAUGUUGAGGAUUAUCAAUGUGUCUUAUGAUGACUCUGGCCUGUACAGCUGUAAACUAAGGCACUCUGUUGAAAUGCUCAGGAACUUUACAGUACGAGUGACAGAAUCUCCGUCAUCAGGUGAUGAUGAAGAAGAAGAAGAUGAUGAUGAUGAUGAUGAAGAUGAUGAAUCUGAAAAUGGAGUUGCUCCUUAUUGGACCCAUCGUGAGAGAAUGGAAAGGAAGCUUUUGGCUGUGCCGGCUGCAAACACUAUUCGCUUUCGCUGCCCAGCUGCUGGCAAUCCUUCUCCCUCCAUAUACUGGCUGAAAAAUGGGAAAGAAUUUAAAGGAGAGCACCGUAUUGGUGGGAUCAAACUACGACAUCAGCAAUGGAGCCUUGUCAUGGAGAGUGUGGUUCCUUCGGACCGAGGCAACUACACCUGUGUUGUACAGAACAAAUAUGGUGUCAUUUGGCAUACUUACCAGCUGGACGUUCUUGAAAGAUCACCCCAUCGUCCUAUUCUCCAGGCAGGAUUGCCUGCUAACCAGACUGUGGAGGUUGGGAGUGAUGUCAAAUUCUACUGCAAAGUAUACAGUGAUGCUCAACCUCACAUCCAGUGGCUAAAACAUGUGGAGGUCAAUGGAAGCAAAUAUGGACCAGAUGGGACUCCCUAUGUCACUGUUCUAAAGACAGCAGGUGUUAACAAAACGGAUAAGGAGCUAGAAAUUCUGUACUUGCACAAUGUUACUUUUGAGGACGCUGGGGAAUAUACUUGUCUUGCUGGGAACUCUAUUGGGUUUACACAUCAUACUGCUUGGCUGACAGUAUUACCAGCAGAAAAGCGAGUUGCCGUGGAGGACUCCAGCUCUCUUUACACGGGCAUCCUCAGCUUUGGGACUGGCUUUGUUCUUUUCAUAUUAUUGGCAGUGGUGGUGGUGAUUUAUAGAAUUAAAAGACCACCCGAAAAACCUAUGAAUGCCACCACUGUUCAGAAAGUCUCCAAGUUCCCACUCAAGAGACAGGUGUCUUUGGAAUCCAACUCUUCCAUGAAUUCCAAUACGCCACUGGUCAGAAUCACUCGCCUUUCAUCCAGUGACGGACCAAUGCUAGCAAAUGUCUCAGAGCUUGAGCUGCCUGCAGAUCCCAAGUGGGAAUUGGCAAGAUCUCGCCUGACUCUAGGAAAACCAUUAGGUGAAGGCUGUUUUGGUCAAGUAGUGAUGGCAGAAGCAAUGGGGAUUGAUAAAGAAAAACCAAGCAAGCCUAUCACAGUAGCUGUCAAGAUGCUGAAAGAUGAUGCCACAGACAAAGAUCUUGCUGAUUUAGUGUCAGAAAUGGAAAUGAUGAAAAUGAUUGGGAAGCACAAAAAUAUCAUUAAUCUCUUGGGCGCCUGCACACAAGAAGGCCCUCUCUAUGUUCUGGUGGAAUAUGCAUCCAAGGGGAACUUACGGGAAUACCUCCGAGCUCGUCGGCCACCUGGAAUGGAUUAUUCCUUCGAUACCUGCAAGCUGCCUGAGGAACAGUUAACGUUUAAGGACUUAGUUUCCUGUGCCUACCAGGUGGCACGUGGGAUGGAGUACUUGGCAUCUCAGAAAUGCAUCCACCGAGACUUGGCAGCUAGAAAUGUCUUGGUCACUGAAGACAACGUGAUGAAGAUUGCUGAUUUUGGACUUGCCAGAGAUGUUCACAACAUUGAUUAUUACAAGAAAACAACCAAUGGCCGGCUGCCUGUGAAAUGGAUGGCUCCAGAAGCAUUAUUUGACAGGGUCUACACUCACCAGAGUGAUGUAUGGUCCUUUGGAGUGCUGCUAUGGGAGAUCUUCACUUUGGGAGGGUCUCCAUACCCAGGAAUUCCAGUUGAGGAACUUUUCAAACUCCUAAAGGAAGGCCAUCGCAUGGACAAGCCAGCAAACUGUACCCAUGAUUUGUACAUGAUUAUGAGAGAAUGCUGGCAUGCAGUACCUUCACAGAGGCCAACUUUUAAACAGUUAGUUGAAGACCUGGAUCGAGUCCUGACCGUGACUUCAACUGAUGAGUAUCUUGACCUGUCCGUGCCUUUUGAGCAAUAUUCCCCUGCAGGCCAGGAUACCCAGAGUGCCUGCUCUUCAGGAGAUGACUCUGUAUUUGCACAUGAUCUUCUCUCAGAUGAGCCCUCCUGUCUUCCAAAACAACAAGCAAAUGGCACCAUCAGGACAUGAUGAGAGACAGAGCUGCGAAAAAGAGACUCAUGAAUGUAUGUUUAGGAGAGGUUGAGAAAAAAAACCCCACAGGAGUUCUGCUCCAUAGCACAGAAGUAUUGUUGCGAAGCCAUGGCACAUAGCAUGUUCCCCCAUUUUGUUAAAAAAAAAUCAAAACAAUUAAGCACUGUUUGAUCUGCGAGAACCUUUGCAAGGUAGGAGCACCCAAACAGAGUGUUGUAUCUAGAAGGUGCUUAACCUUCAACCUUGAGUCAAAAUACAAUCGUCACCAUUGUGUGCCUGCAAUUCUGGGGUGGGGUAGUGGGGAGAGAGAGAACGUUACAACCUGCCUUUUUAUAAGAAAAGUGUGUACAGAAUAUAGAGAUACUUUUCAUUAAAAAAAAAAAAUCAGUACCAGAAUCUUUUUGGUGGAGUUCAAAAGCCACGUUGCCUGCAGAGAUUAAUACCACAGACGUAGAAACCUUUUUCAAAAUAUAUAUUCAUCAUCUGCUUUGAAGGAAUUUUAAAGCCAUUCUGAACAGUUAGUCACUCUUAAAAAGAAUUAGUUCUCUUAAAAGGUUGCCUUGGUUUUUCCACAGUCGAGAGUAACUGCCUCUUGCACUAGCAGUGAGAAUGGAAUAAAUGAAUAUAUGCAGGCAGGAUAGAACACAAAGGACUGGGGAGUGUUGCAAGCUGUAGUAAGUUGAGAGAGGGUUGGGGGUUCAUUUUUUAUGUAUGAUCAUGCUGUGAUUAAUUUGUUCUAAAUUCUUCCUAGUAUUUGCUUAAAAGCCUUAAAAAUCAUAAACCCAAAGUCUUGCUAUUCCCAAUAUUUAUUUACUUAUUUUCCACUGUGUAAAAAUUUCAGAUUGGAGCCUAAAAGUCCUCGCAACAAAUUGCUACAACCUUUUGCCAGAAAUAUAGCAGCAUUUUCUUUCUCCCAACAAAUACUUGGAGAAAAUAAUUACGGGUACCUGUAGGCAAGCGCCUUUUAACAUAUCAAAAAGUUCUAUUCACUAGAAUUGUGUAUAUAUCUAUAAAUAUAUAUUAUAUUUGUGUGUAUAUGAGUCUAAAAUAUUAAUGCAGCUGAAAGCAAGACUGAAAGAGAAUUCUCCAAAUAAGGUUUCCUGACUAGGAUGUAGUGAUCUAGGCUAAGAGAGAUUUCCUUUAUCUUGCCUGCUUUUUUGUUUUAAAAAUUAUAUCGUAACAUCAUGUAUAUUUGUAAAAUUAUUUAUAGAUAUUAACAGAUUUGUUCAUUGGUUUAAAUAGUUUAGUAUUAAUGUAUACAUUUAGUUUUCACCAGAUUUGAAGUUUUAAUUUAUUUGAAAGUAUGAGAAAAUAAAUUAAUCAGUAUUUUUCUUCUAAUUUUAUGGGAAAUAUUAAAAGAAUGUAUAGCUGUACAGCCAUUUAACAGUUGCUUUUAAUACAAUAUUUUCUUCUUUAAAAAAAGCAAAAAAUGUUUUUCCUGGAUUGUAGUCCAUAUAAAUUUGCAUGUAUUCUGUAGCACAUUAGUGUUAAAUCCAAACAGACAGCAGCAGAGAGUAUUUUUAUUUCAGUGCAAGAGCCAAGAAAACUUGCAUCACUUUUACCACUGUGCAUUAAAGGGGUGUGUGAGUUGCAUUUCCCCAUUUUUUGAAUGAAGGUAUUCUUUGUGGUUGAUUUAAUAACGAGUAUGCAGCAGAGCUGAAUGCUGACUGCAAGCAAUUGUGUGUUUUGAGUGUCUCUUACAAGUCCUAUUUGCAUUUUCAUGUUUGAGAAAUGAGGACAAAAUAAAGUAAUAUUUAAAUUAUAUAUGUAGGGGAAGUUUUGAUUAUUGUAUAGUCUUUGAGCCUAACAUUUUGUUUUGGAAAAUGCCAAGGUGGUUUUUCUUUUGUUUUUCUUUUUUGAAGCUGUACAUCCUAGAUAACUCUGUCAAAACAUUCUAGAUAACUAGGAAAAAUAAAGAAUGGAAUCUACUAUUCUAUGAUUCUAUGAAUAAGAUACAGAAGUUUGUAUUUGCAAGGAAUUUUUUACUACUACACAGAGAUGGCUGUAGUCAUUCCAAUGUCUUCUCUCUACAGAUGAGUAAUUUCACUAAAGUAACACAAUGGCUACCAUCCCCGUUUAGAAUUCAUUUUGUAAACACAAGGAUUUUAUUAAAAUAGUUAAAUUAUAGAUUUUAAGUUUCAGAGAUUUUUUUAAAAAAAUAGAUUUAUAUAGAUAACUACUUUUUUGAAAUAAAGAAUUAUAAUAUUUUCUUACCAUGUAUGCUAGUUUUGUACAUGCCAAGAAACUGAAAAAUUGCUAGCCCAAUCCAGUACAAAUGUGUGCCUGUUAUUAUAAAAAUAUAUGCAUAUAUAUAAUUUAUUGAGUUUUUACAAAGAUGUAUUUGGUUGCAAAAUUGUUGAUUCUUUAACAUUUCUUAUAUAAAUUUUUAGCCAGAAAAAAGCUUACUUCUUUAUAUCUUUUUUUCCUGCUGAUGUUGCAAGCUACAAGUUUGCAUACCUUGAGAUUUUGAUGUGCACCUUCUUGUUUUAGUUCUUCUACUUCCUGUAUUUUGUUUGUUUGGCAGCUGCAGCUGAUGUAAGUUGUAAAACACAAAAUAAAUCUAUUCUGCCUUUGUUUACCUGGCCCUAAUAAUAAUAAUAAU